AUGAAGACUGGAAAUAAGCUGAAGACAAAACAGAUUGUGGACAGUACAUUUGAAAAUGUUAAAAGGGAAAAGAUGAUGAGUUUCGGUUCUUACCGAGGCCCCAAGGAGGCUAUGCUAUUGGUGGGAUGGGGAUUGACACCUCCACCCACGGACAUCUCUGCCACAGACACUCCACCCACGGACACUCUCUGCCACAGACACUCACCCACGGACACUCUUCUGCCACGGAACACUUUCACCCACGGACACUCUUCAUUGCCACGGACACUCUCACCCCACGGUGACCUCUUCUACCCACGGUACACCACUGCCCACGGACACUCUCACCCACGGACCGCUCUCACCACGGGAACACUCUCUGCCUACGGACACUCUCAACCCACGGACACUCUCUGCCACGGGACACUCUCACCCUACGGACGGCUCUCCACCCACGGACCUUUCUGCACGGACACUCUCACCCACGACACUCUCACCCUACGGACACUCUUCACGCCACGGACGCUCUCACCCACGGACACUCUGCUGCCACGGACGAUCUCACCCACAGAACCACUCUCUGCCACGGACACUCUCACCCAACUGGACACUCUCUUGCCAGGACUUUUCUCACCCACAGACACUCUCUGCCACGGACACUUCACCCACGGACGCUGCGUCAUCCACGGACACUCUCGCCACGACGAAUCUCAAAACCCACAGACACUCUCUGCCACGGACACCUCAACCCACGGACACUCUCUGCCCACGGACUUUCUCACCACAGACACUCGUCUGCCACGAACACUUCACCCACGGACACUCUCUAGCCAAGGAACACUCUCACCCCACGGACACUUCUUUGCCACGGACACUUUCACCACGGACGCUCUCACCCACGGGACACUUCUCUGCCCGGACGAUCUCACCCACAGGAACACUCUCUGCACGGGACACUCAUCCCACGGGACGAUCUCACCCACAGACACUCUUGCCACGGACCACUCUCCACAAACGGACACUCUUCACCCACGGACGACCACUCUCACCCACGGACACUCUCCUUGCCACGGACACCUCUCACCCACGGGACCGCUCUACACCCACGGGACACUCUCACCCACGGACCGCUCUCACCCACGGACACUCUCUGCCACGGACGUAUCUCACCCACAGACAAUCUACUGCCACGGGACCACUCUCACCCAUGGACCUCUCUUGCCACGGGACUCUUUCUCACCCAACGGGCACUCUCACCCACGGACCACUUCUCACCUCACGGGACACUCUCAGCCCACGGACACUCACCCACGGACACUCUCCUGCCAUCGGACUUUCAUCACCCAGCGGGCACUUUCUCACGCCACGGACACUUCUCACCCACGGACACUCACCCACGGACACCUCUCUGGCCACGGGGACGCUUUCCACCCACAGACACUCUCACCCACGGACACUCUCACCCACGGACACUCUCACCCAGGACACUCACCCACAGAAACUCUCUCCCACGGACACUUCUUCAUGCCACGGACGCUCCACCCACGGCGCACUUCUCUGCCACGAACGCUCUCACCCACAGACACUCCUCACCACCGGACACUCUCACCCACGGACACACCACAGAAACUUCUCUCCCACGGGACACUCUUCACCCACGGACAACUUCGUCUGCCACGGACGCUCUCACCCACAACCACUCUCUGCCACGGACACUCUCUUGCCACGGACCUUUUCUCACCCACGGGCCCUCUUCAACCCACGGACACUCCUCACCCACGGACUACUCACCCACGGACCACUUCUCUGCACGGGACACUCUCACCCACGGACACUCUCACCCACGGACACUCUACCCACGGAUACUCACCACGGAUACUCUCUCCCACGACACUCUCCAACCCAUGGACACUCUCUGCCGACGGAUUCGCUCUCACCACGGACCGCUGUCUCACUCCAACGGACACUCACCCAACGGACACUCUCUGCCACGGGACACUCACCCAAGGAAACACUCUGCCACGGAACACUCUCACACGAAACACUCUCACCCACGGACACUCUCUGCCUACGGACGCUCUUCAUCCCGACGGGACGCUCUCACCCACGGACACGUGCUCACCCACGGGACACUCUCACCACGGACACUCACCAUGGACACUCUCACCAACGGACUACUCUUCUCACGGGACAACUCUUCACCCACGGACACUCUCACCAACGGACACUCUCACCCACGGACAUCUCACCCACGGGACACUCUCACACCACGGACACUCUGCACGGACACUCUCGGCCACGGGACACUCAUCACCCACGGACGACUCCUGCCACAGGUACACUCUCACCCACGGACACUCUCCACCCACGGACACUCUCACCCACGACGCUUCUCUGCCAUGGACACUUCUCUGCCACGGACACUCUCACCCACGGACACUCACCAACCGGAAGCAAUCUCUGCCACGGACCCGCUCUCUGCCACGGACGCUGCCAGGGACACUCUCACCCACGGACGGAUCUUCUGGCCACGGACGCCUCUUGCCACGGACACUCUCAACACACGGACACUCUCACAAACACGGACUCUUCUGCCACGGACACUCUCACCCACGGACACCUCACCACGACCACUCUCACCCACGGGACACUCUCUGCCACGGACGCUCUCUGCCAAAACGGACGCUCUCACCCACGGACGCUCUCACCCAUCGGACGCUCUUCACCCACGGACACUCUCACCACGGGACGCUCUCACCCACGGACACUCACCCACGGACACUCUCUGCCAAACGGAACUCUCACCCACGGACACUCUCACCCACGAGACGCUCUCACCACGGGACGCUCUCUGACCACGGGACACUCUCACCCACGGGACACUCUCACCCACGGACACUCACCCACGGGACCUCUCACCCAACGACACUUACCCACGGACACUCUCUUGCCACUUACCACGUCCACCCCACGGACACUCUCACCCACGGACACUCUCUGCCCACCUUGAACACUCUCACCACGGACACUCACCCACGGACACUCUCACCCACGGACACCCUCACCAGCGGACACUCUCCACCCACGGACGCUCUCACCCACGGACGCUCUCGCACGGGACACUCUACCCACGGACACUUCUCAACCCCCACGGACACUCUCACCACACGGACCUCUCACCCACGGACGCUCUCACCCACGGACGCUCUCACCCACGGACACUCUCACCCACGGACGCUCUCACCCACGGACGCUCUCACCCACGACCACUCACCCAACGGACCACUCACCCACGGGACACUCACUCACGGACCACUCUCCCCACGGACACUCUACCCACGGGACACUCUCUGCGACGGCACUCUUUCACCCACGGACACUCAAUCACCCACGGACAACUCUCUGCGCGGACACUUCUCACACCAGGAACUCUCACCCACGGACAACCUGCCACGGACGCUCUCACCAACGGGGACACUUCCCACGGGACGGCUUCUCACCCAUGGACACUCACCCACGGACACUUCCCAACGGACGGGGCUCAUCACAACCAACGGACACUCUCUCCCUCGGAAAAAGCCUGGCACACGGCCACCUAGCUGCGCAGCCGCCGCCGUAGCUUCCCCGAAAAGCGCGUUAGGGGUCAUCCGUGCAUUCGUUACGGGCGGCGGAAUCGACCUUACGGAACGGAGGCGUAGUCCUGUCUUGCCUCCGAAGCGUCCGACGGUGAGUGGUUCCUUCACACGGCCCACAGGAGCUCCGGACACCACCUCUGCACUAAGUACUUUAUGGUCCCGUUCGUGCGAGUCCGAGGAAGGUGUCCAGGGGCGUACUUUGGGCUCGAAGAAACGAGCUUUGCUAACUCCAUAA